GACAUCUGUCGAUCUGUUUCUGACUGUGACACUCUGGGUUUGGCUGAGCUCGGCACAAUGUGUGAUCCGGCCCAUAGCUGCUCUAUAGUGCAAGACAAUGGACUAAGUGCUGCUUUUACAAUGGCCCAUGAGCUUGGCCACGUUUUUAAUCUACCUCACGAUGACAACACAAAAUGCAGGGAGCUUUCUAAGGACCAGUCUGGUAACUACGGCGUAAUGGCGCCAACACUCAACUAUCAGAUCAACCCAUGGACGUGGUCUCGCUGCAGUAAAUCACAAAUCACUGAAUACCUUGACAUGGGUUACGGCCAGUGUUUACUGGAUACCCCACGGGAUGCACAAAUCUUGCCAAAAUACCAGCCAGGGGAGGUGUACAACAUCAGUAAGCAAUGUGAGCUGGUCUUUGGAGAAGGAGCCACCGUGUGCCCCAUUUUGAGGACCUGCAGUAGACUGUGGUGUACAGGGUCCUUCCAAGGGUCUCGCCGUGGCUGCCGCACCCAACACAUGCCAUGGGCUGAUGGUACGCCAUGCGGCAAUAACAAGUGGUGUGAUCGAGGCAAGUGCGUCGGCCAAGCACACUCCACUGAACCCGUAGAUGGUGGAUGGGGCAAGUGGGAGGGGUAUGGGGACUGUUCCAGGACGUGUGGAGGCGGUGUUAAACAAGCUGUACGCCAGUGUACCGAACCGUACCCUCAAAAUGGAGGGAAGUACUGCAUCGGGAGGAGGGUUCGAUUCCGCUCGUGUAACAGCAGGACGUGUCCUGUCAAUUCCAUUCCAUUUAGGGAACAGCAGUGUGCAGACUUCAAUGGAAACAACUUCAACAUUCAAGGUGUACCAAGGGACGUACGGUGGGUCGCUAAGUACACAGGUGUGCAGAUAAAAGAACGAUGCAGUCUCUUCUGUCGUGUUGAUGGGAGCAUCGCAUUUUACAAGCUUGCCAAGAAAGUCAUCGACGGAACACCUUGUGGUGAAGACACAGAUGAUAUAUGUGUACAGGGACAGUGCUGGGGUGCUGGAUGUGAUCAUAUUCUUGGCUCCCAGACAACCAAGGACAACUGUGGUGUUUGUGGAGGUGAUAAUCGCUCAUGUCGGAGAGUUAGUGGCAGCUAUAACAAGGCAAAAUAUGGUUAUAACAAAGUUGUAGAGAUCCCAACUGGGUCCACUAGGAUAGAUGUAAAACAACACAGCUACCGGGGUAUUCCAGAAGACGACAACUAUCUGGCGAUAAGGGGCAGCAAUGGAGACUACCUACUCAACGGUCACUUUGUGGUCAGUAUGUUUCAACGAGAAGUCAAGAUCGGUAACAUCAUGUUGGAGUACAGUGGGUCAAACAACUCCAUCGAGAAGAUCACAUGCCAUGAAAAAAUCACUUUUAACAUAACAAUCUAUGUGUUGUCGGUUGGAAAUGUUACGCCCCCAGACAUCCGAUAUGAAUAUAACGUACCCAUCGUUGGCAAUGUCGUGUAUAUAUGGGACAUGUACGGAGAAUGGGCCCCCUGCAACAAAAUAUGCCAUGGUGAAAAGAUCAGACCACUUCGCUGUCUGAGACAGAACGAUCGCGUGGAGGUAGAGAGGGGCUAUUGUCAUAGCGACAGACCCGAGCCACUCGCAGCUAAAUGCAACACUGGUUGUGAAGUGAGGUGGCAAGUAACAGCUGAGAGUGACUGUUCAUCAAGCUGUGGUACAGGGCGACGUACCCGCCGUGUCCAAUGCAUAAAGACUGUCGCCAUGCGCCGUACCAUCGUAGUGGUUGAUGCCCACUGCAGCGACCAGGCCAGACCUGCUGAGGUUGUAGAGUGUCAUAUUGAAUGUGAGAUGGCUCACUGGGAGUACUCAUCUUGGUCUCAGUGUUCAAGAUCCUGCAAUGGUGGCACUCGUCGACGUAGCGCAUCCUGUAGGGAUUCUAAUGGUUACUACACACCAGACAAUAACUGUGACCGAUCGUCAAGGCAGACUGUAGAAAGGUGUAACACAGAGGAGUGUCCACAGUGGAAGGCUGAAUCCUGGAGUGACUGUUCAGUGACCUGCGGGGACGGCAAGGUUCAAAGGUCACUCCGAUGUUAUCGUGGUGCCCAGAUGGUGGACUCCUCUCAGUGUGACCAGUCCAGCAAGCUGGAAGAAGCCAUGCCUUGUCAAAUGCAGGAGUGCGCUGUCUGGCACCAGGGAGAAUGGGGACCGUGCUCAGCCACGUGUGGUCAAGGAACUGUACAGCGAUUGGUAAGCUGUCUCCAUGGGAACCAAAAGGUGGAUAGUAUCCAGUGCGGACUGAGUCUCAUGCCGGAGACUACAAGGUCAUGUGAGGUCACCGAAUGUCCGUUUUGGCAGCAGGGGGAGUGGGGCUCGUGUUCAGUUUCUUGCGGCCAAGGUGAGAGACAGCGGUUAGUCAGCUGUUACCUUGGUAACUACAUCGUUGAUUCAGACCAAUGCAACCAAUUCACCGAGCCAGAGACAACAGAACUUUGUAAUGCUGGAGAGUGUACAUCAUGGCGUGCAGAAGAUUCUGGACCAUGUUCGGUGACGUGUGGCCAGGGCGAAAGACAAAGACGUAUUAGCUGCUAUCGAGGCAGUCACCAAGUAGACGUCAGGCAUUGUAAUUUGGACCAGAAGCCAGAUGUGGUUUUGCCAUGCGUUUUGGAUGAAUGUGCACGCUGGCAGCAUGGAGAGUGGAGUCAGUGUUCAGUAACCUGCGGGGAAGGGAACCAACAGCGUCAAGUGAGCUGCCAUCGUGGUACUGAGAACGUUCAUGAUAGGGAGUGUGAUGUGGCCGUGUCGGCAGCUUCUACGAGACCAUGUCGGAUGGCAGAAUGCACCGUCUGGAAGCAUAGUGACUGGGGAUUGUGUUCGGGAAGUUGUGGCCAAGGCGAGAGGCAGAGAUUCAUUGGCUGUUACCAAGGCAACCGAGAGGUUGAAGGGAACCAGUGUGACCAAUCCAGGAAGCCUGAUACAGUGAUAUCAUGUGAGAUGGCUGAGUGUCCGGUAUGGCACCAGGGAGAGUGGGAACCGUGUUCUGCAAGCUGUGGUCAAGGGGAGAGGCAACGAGAAGUUAGCUGUUACCAAGGCAAUGGUAAAAUGGACAUUACACACUGUGACUUGAGUGUCAUGCCCGAGAGAGUUGUACCAUGUGAUCUCCCAGAAUGCAGCGGGUGGCAGCAUGGAGAAUGGGGGUCGUGUUCGGGAAGUUGUGGCCAAGGCGAGAUGCAGAGAUUCAUUGGAUGUUACCAAGGCAACCGAGAGGUUGAAGGGCACCAGUGUGAUCAAUCCAGGAAGCCUGAUACAGUGAUAUCAUGUGAGAUGGCUGAGUGUCCGGUAUGGCGCCAGGGAGAGUGGGAACCGUGUUCUGCUAGUUGUGGUCUAGGAAAAAAGGAAAGAGAAAUCAGCUGUUACCAAGGCAACCGCAAGAUGGGCUACAUCGACUGUGAUUUGAGCCUGAUGCCCGAGACCAUCAUGCCCUGUGACCUCCCUGAAUGCACCUUGUGGAGACACGGAGAAUGGGGACCGUGUUCUGUAACCUGCGGUGAAGGGGUGCGUCGAAGGUCAAUCCACUGUCACCAAGGGAAUGAGGUUGUAUCUAAUGAGCAGUGUGAUGUCACAUCAAAGCUGAGUGCCGUCAGUGCAUGCAGGAAGACUGAUUGCCCAGUAUGGCGUGAAAACAACUGGGGAGAGUGCUCAGUAACGUGUGGUCUAGGACAGAGGCAAAGAGGGGUCAACUGUUACCUAGGCAACAUUGAAAUCGAAGCUAGUCGCUGCGACACAUCCGUGAUGCCAGAGACAACGAGGUCAUGUGAAGUGACGGACUGUGCUCAUUGGUUCCAUGGUGAAUGGGCUCAGUGUUCAGUGACGUGUGGCCAGGGAGAGAUGCAGCGGAGAGUCAGCUGCUCAUCUGGUGGUCAGAACGUGGAUAUUACCCAGUGUGACCUGUCCCUCAUGCCAGAGACUGUCAGGGCAUGUGAGGUGAUAGGGUGUCCAACCUGGGGAGUAGGGCCAUGGGAUGAGUGCUCAGUGACUUGUGGAGAGGGAGAGGUGCAGCGUAGAGUGAGCUGUUACCAAGACAACCGCAUCGUCAGCUUGGCCCAGUGUGACCUGACACUGAUGCCAGCCCAGUCCAAGCCUUGUUCGCCGGCUGAUUGUCCUCUAUGGAGACAUGGUGAUUGGGGACCUUGCUCGGUAUCGUGCGGUCAGGGUUACCAACUCCGAGGUAUUCAAUGUCGUCACACUAACGAUACCCCACUACCAGACGCAGAGUGUAGUCUAGAAGAUCGGCCACCCAAAGAGCAGAACUGCCAAAUGCCAACCUGCCCAUUUCCCACCAAACCGGAAACCAAUCCACCCACAACCCUCCCACCAACGUACCCACCAAUCAAAUCCACCUCAUCAACGGUACCUCGUAUUAACACACCGGUAUCGUCCGCACGAAGUGUGCUUCGUAGACCAACGCCCUCGUCAUCGCAGAAUCCCAAACCCGGGCCGACCUAUAACCAAAGAGGGUCGGCUUUACUGGAUGUGCCAAGCGUGACGAUCAGAGGGCCGUCUGAGCGGAAGCCGGUGCCCAAGUCAUCACCAGUAACCGCUAUGGAGGUUCUUAGGGAGACACCAUGGAUGAGAUUCAGCAGUCAAUGGAGAACGGGGAUGUGGACUGAGUGCACAUCCACAUGCGGCUAUGGAACUCGUGAGCGAUAUGUAAGCUGCAGAGAUCGCUAUGGUUACAUCUCGGAGGAGACAGAUUGCGACAUCGAGCACCGUCCUCCAGCCAUUCAGCAAUGUCAGAGUAAACCCUGCCCUCACUGGAGGACCGGCCAAUGGAAUCAGUGUUCUGUAACAUGUGGAACUGGCAAGUCCUCACGCUACGUAGCCUGUGUCAACAGCGAUAACUCCAUUGCGAAGGAUGAGGAGUGCGAUGUGAAGAUCAGACCCAAGGACUCUGAAGUGUGUAGCAACCAGGAGUGCUUAUCAGAGCAGUUUGAUGCAUCAGGGAUGUCAGGAGACAGAGGGAUUGGGACAGUCAGAGGAAAGUGGAAGACUGGACCAUGGAGUAAGUGUUCAUCCACCUGUGGGAGCGGUCUGCACCAGCGGGUCGUCUUCUGUCAAGAUGAAAAUGGAGAUUCAGAUACAUGUAGCGAAGCAUUGAGACCACAAAACAUAGAAGUUUGCAAUACUGGUAUACACUGCCCACGGUGGAGCUUCGGCGACUGGGGAACGUGCUCAGCAUCAUGUGGUGGAGGCAUCAAGUCUCGGCUUGUCCUGUGCCGACUUCGGAGUGGCCGCACCCUCGCAGAUGCCUCCUGCAACACCCUAUCAAGACCAGUGGAUACCAGCAUGUGUGGCACCAGGCCCUGUGCAACUAGAGCCAGGUGGAACUCGAGAGCGUGGAAUGGGGUAGGGAGAUUCUGAUCUUUUAUUUUAUUCAGUUUUGAAAAAAAAAAAAAAAAAAUGAAUAGAGUUAUCG